AUGGCGGCGGCCCCGGAUGAGCGGCUCGGCUUCCUGGAGAGCUUCGUCACGCUGCUGCUGCGGCUCCGUCCGGACAAGUGGAGCAAGUUUGAGGGCAGCGAGGAGGCCAAGGCCGUGCUCGACGAGUUCUUCAGGCAGCCGGACAUGCUGGAGCUGCUGCUGUCGCUGAACCCAGCCGGGCAGCUCCAGCCGUCCACCUGCUUCCUGCCCACCCUCAAGGGCAAGGGCAUCUACUUCGUGAAGAGGAAGAAGGAGAACAUCACCCGGGAGAACUGCCAGGCUGCGCUGCUGGUGGGAGACAUCAGCCCCUGGCCGGUGGAGCAGCUCAUCAUCGUGGUGGAGGAGGUCUUGUCCUCUCUGCUCCUGAGCAAGGAGAAUGUGUCGGGCUGGCCCGGGGUGGUGGUGGAGGACGUAGUGCGACAAGCCCGCAGGCUGAAGAACGAGAUGUUCGUGAUGGGUGGGAAGAUGCAGGGGAAGCCGCUGCUGCCGCUGCCGGAGCACCUGGACGGCCGGGACGGCUCCAGCACCGUCCUGGACUGCCUGGCGGGGCCGGUGGACGGUUCUGUGCUGCACUCCAUCGAGACCAUCGUCAUCGACUGGUCCCACCAGAUCAGGGACAUCCUGAGCAAGGACUCGGCGCAGCUGCUGCUGGAGGGGCUGCACCCCUUGCCCAGGACAGAGUUCGAGUUCUGGCACACCAGGACGCGCAACCUGCAGUGCAUCAAUGAGCAGCUGCUCUCACCCCGGGUGAGCGCCCUGGCCGAGAUCCUGGAGAAGGCCGACAGCUGCUACUGGCCCGCGCUGCAGGCCAUGUUCCGGGACGUCAGCGCGGGUUUGCAGGAAGCCAACAACAUCAGCCUCUACCUGCAGCCGCUGCAGGUCCUGCUGGAAGAGAUGGAGCAAGCGGAGUACGUCCAGCUUCAGUCCUACAUCGACAGGGUGCUGUACACCGUCUGCCUCACCUGGGUGCACUCGGAGCACUACAACACGCCCUCCCGGGUCAUCGUCAUUCUGCAGGAGAUCUGCAACCUCCUCAUUGAGAUGACCCGUAACUUCCUGAGCCCUGAGGAAGUGAUGAAGGGGCUGCAAGGAGAACUCGAAGAGACCUUAGGAGGGAUCAGACUGAGCAUUUCCACCAUCGAGAAGUUCUUCCAGUCCUACAGCAGCUGCUGCUCUGACCUGCUGCCCACCUUGUUCACAGAGAAGGAGCCCCGGCUCUGGGAGUUCCCCCGCUCCCUCGUCUUCAGGAGAAUGGACUCCUUCCUGCACAGGCUGAAGACCCUCGAGGAGCUGUACGAGAUAUCCAUCGAGUUCCUGAAGCUGGAGAAAGCAGAGCUGGGUGGAGUGAGAGGAAACAUCCUCGGGAGCCAGGUGUUUCAGAUCUACGAAGAGGUCUCUGAACUCGUGAAGGGAUUUGCCGACUGCAAGUAUGAUCCCUUAGAUCCUGCAGAAGAGCAAUUGGACAAGGAUUUUGCAGAGUUCCAGAGCAAGAUCCGGGACUUGGACAGGCGGCUGGCCACCAUCCUUUGCCAAGGGUUUGACGACUGCAACAGCCUGGCCUCUGCAGUGAAGCUGGUGCACAUGUUCUCCUCCCUGCUGGACCGGCCCCUGAUAAAGGCCGAGGUUUCCCCCUACUACUCGUCCCUGCUGGCCGCGUUCAGCGCCGAGCUGGACGCCGUGAAGGUGCUGUACGACGCCCAGACCGCCCUGGCGCGGGCCGGCGGCGGAGCCCUCCCCGCGCACACCAACAUGCCGCCGGUGGCCGGGCAGCUCCAGUGGGCCCUGGAGCUGCAGCAGAGGCUGGAGGGGCCGCACAGGGAGCUCCUCGCCAUCAACCACCCCGCCAUGGGCAGUGCCGAGGCCGAGCUGGUGUCCAAGAAGUACGAGGAGAUGGUGGCGCUGCUGCAGGGCUACCGGGAGGCGACCUACGAGAAGUGGAUGAGCGGGGUGGAGGAGGGCUGCCGGUUCAACCUGGAGCAGCCCCUGAUCCUCAGGGACCCCUCCUGCUCCCUCAUCAGCGUGAACUUCAGCAGGGAGCUCGCCGCCGUCCUGCGGGAGGUGAAGUACCUGAACUUCCAGAAGCAGAAGGAUAUUCCAGGCAGUGCCGAGAGCCUCUUUGCUCAAAAUAAGACUUUCCAAAAGUUCGUGGAUAAUCUGGAUCUCAUCACUGGCUGGUACAAUAAGGUGAAGCUGACACUGCUGCCGGUGGAGAUCCCGCUGGUGGCAAGGGAGCUGGAGGACAUCGACGGCCGUCUGGGCACUGCAGAGCAAACCCUGUUUUGGCACCACGAAGGUGUCAUGGAAUACAUUCAGGAGAUGAGAGAGACCUUGUAUGCCUUAGACAGCAGAAUCCAGAGAGCAAAGUUAAACGUGGAAAACAUCAGCCAGCUUAUGGAGGAGUGCUCAGCCACUCCCUUGUUUGAGAGGAAAGACAACAAGGAGACGGCACUCCUGGACCUGGACGGGAGGGCAAACAUUGUGAGCAGGCGCUACGCUGCCAUUCGGGCAGCAGGCGACAGGAUCCAGGCUGUGGUGAAGGAAAAUGCAGAGCUGUUUAAGGCCGAUACAUCAUCGCAGAUAUGGCAGGACUACAUGGAAUAUAUAAACAGAAUAGUAUUGGAUGGAUUCUACAGACUUGUUCACAAAUCCCUAGAGCUGCUGCUCACCAACAUGGUCCCUGAUGAAAAUGUGGCCCCGUUGUUCGAGGUGCACAUGGAUCUGUGUGAUAGCAAAGUGGGGUACCGUCCGUCCCUGGAGAUGUUAGAUGACAACAGCUUCUUGGAGUUGGUGGAAAACCUUCUCAGCGACAUCUACGGGUCCACAGAGUGCAUGCCUCCCCUGCUGGAGGGGAAACUGAGCUACAAGACCGAGCUGGAGGAGCAGGGGGAGCUCAGCAGGAUGCGGGAGGAGGUGGUGUCGCUGGUGGUCAGCGCCAUGAAGGAAGGCGAGGAGUACAGUGCCAGCUUUGAAGAGCACGCCCAGCUGUGGCUGGAGGACCCCGAGGAGUUCCUGCAGCGCUUCCUCACCUCUCGCCGUGCCCCCAGCCCUGGGGAGCCAGAGGAGCCCCCUCCCCACGGGCCCCCACCCCUGCAGCUCUUCAAGCAGGAGAUUGACUCGUGCGAGGCGCUGUGUGAGGAGGUGUCGGGGUUCGCCAACACCUGCGUGUUCGGGGGGUGGCUGCAGAGCGACUGCCGCCCCUUCAAGCAGGCGCUGCUGAGCGCCAUCAGGAGACGGGGCCUGGUGCUCAAGCAGUACCUCACCAACCUCGUCACAAGCAGCCUGCAGGAGCUCGAAGGCUUCAUCAAAGAAGCCACUGCUGGCUUGAGUAAGCCUGUGGAAGAGGGAGACUACGAUGGGCUGGUGGAGGUGAUGGGGCACCUGAUGAGGGUAAAAGACAGGCAGGCCACCACCGACGGCAUGUUCGAGCCCCUGAAGGAGACGAUUGCGCUGCUCAGCACUUACGGAGAGGAGAUGCCCGAGGAGAUUCACCUGCAGCUCCAAGAACUCCCCGAGCACUGGGACAACACCAAGAAGCUCUCCUUCCGCGUGAAGCAGAACGUGGCGCCCCUGCAAACAAACGAGGUCAACAUCAUCCGCAGGAAAUGCCAGCAAUUCGAGGUCCAGCAGCAGGCCUUCAGGGAGAAGUUCCGGGAAAAAGCCCCCUUUUUGUACACUGACCCGGACCCCUACAAAUCCCUGAACAAGCAACAGAAAAGCAUCGCCGCCAUGGAGAUUGAGGUGGCUGCCCUGUCCAAGUCAGCCGGGCUGUUUGAAGUGGCAGUGCCGGAGUACAAACAGCUCAAAGCAUGCCACAGGGAAGUGCGUUUGCUGAAGCAGCUCUGGGACAUGAUCGUCCUGGUUAACACGAGCAUUGAUGACUGGAAGACCACCAGGUGGAAGGAUAUCAACGUUGAGCAGAUGGAUAUUGACUGCAAGAAAUUCUCUAAAGACAUUCGGAGCUUGGAUAAGGAGAUGAGAAGCUGGGACGCGUUCACAGGGCUGGACAACAGCAUGAAGAACAUGAUUACAUCCCUGCGCGCGGUGAACGAGCUGCAGAACCCGGCCAUCAGGGACCGGCACUGGCACGAGCUGAUGCAAGCGACCAAGGUGAACUUCACCAUGUCUGAGGACACAACCCUCGCGGAUCUGCUGCAGCUGAACCUGCACAAGUUUGAGGAUGAGGUUCGUGGCAUCGUGGACAAAGCUGUGAAAGAGUCAGGGAUGGAGAAGGUGCUGAGCACCCUGAACACUACGUGGGCGACGAUGCAGUUCGAACAUGAGCCCCACGCCAGGACGGGCAUCAUGCUUCUCAAGUCAGACAAGGUGCUCAUCGAGACGCUGGAGGACAACCAAGUGCAGCUGCAGAACCUGAUGACCUCCAAGUACCUAGCCUUCUUCCUUCAGGAGGUGUCGGGCUGGCAGCAGAAGCUGUCUACCACCGACUCCGUUAUCAGCAUCUGGUUUGAGGUGCAGAGGACGUGGUGUCACCUGGAGAGCAUCUUCAUUGGCUCUGAAGACAUCCGCAGCCAACUGCCAGAGGACUCCAAGCAGUUUGAUUCUAUCGAUAAGGAUUUCAAAGAACUAAUGGCCGAUGCAGUAAAAACUCCCAACGUGAUUGAAGCUACCAACAAACCUGGUCUCUACAACAAGCUAGAAGCAUUGCAGAAAAGACUGGCCAUCUGCGAGAAGGCUUUGGCUGAAUACCUCGAGACAAAACGGCUGGCCUUCCCCAGAUUCUACUUCGUUUCCUCUGCAGACCUGCUCGAUAUUUUGUCUAACGGAAAUGAGCCCGUUGAGGUGUCCCGUCACCUGUCGAAGCUGUUUGACAGUCUUGCUAAACUGAAGUUCAAGAUGAGUCCUGACAAAAAGCCCCUGAAGGCUGCCCUGGGGAUGUUCAGCAAGGAAGAGGAGUACGUGCCUCUGGACCAGGAGUGCGACUUAACCGGGCAGGUUGAGGUGUGGCUGAACCGCGUGCUGGCCAGCAUGCGCUCCACGCUGCGACAGCUGAUCCCUGAGGCCGUGGUGACCUACGAGGAGAAGCCGCGGGAGCAGUGGGUGUUCGACUACCCGGCGCAGGUUGCUCUGACAUGCACCCAGAUCUGGUGGACCACAGAAGUUGGCAUUGCAUUUUCAAGGCUGGAGGAAGGCUAUGAAAAUGCAAUUAAGGAUUAUAACAAAAAGCAGAUCGCUCAGCUGAAUGCGCUGAUUUCACUACUCAUUGGAAACCUAACUGCAGGAGACAGAAUGAAGAUCAUGACGAUCUGUACCAUAGACGUGCACGCCAGAGACGUGGUGGCCAAAAUGAUCCUCGCCAAGGUGGAGAGCGCCCAGGCGUUCACCUGGCAGUCCCAGCUGCGGCACCGCUGGGACGAGGGCAAGAGGCACUGCUACGCCAACAUCUGCGACGCGCAGCUGCAGUACUCCUACGAGUACCUGGGGAACACCCCGCGGCUGGUCAUCACCCCGCUGACCGACCGGUGCUACAUCACCCUGACGCAGUCCCUGCACCUCUUCAUGGGGGGGGCCCCCGCCGGCCCUGCGGGCACCGGGAAAACGGAGACCACCAAGGACCUGGGCCGGGCAGUGGGCAUGAUGGUCUACGUCUUCAACUGCUCCGAGCAGAUGGACUACAAGUCCUGUGGCAAUAUCUACAAAGGGCUUGCUCAGACUGGAGCCUGGGGCUGUUUCGAUGAAUUCAAUCGCAUCGCGGUGGAGGUUUUGUCGGUGAUUGCUGUGCAGGUGAAAUGCGUCCAAGAUGCGAUUCGUGCCAAAAAGAAAACAUUCAAUUUUCUUGGAGAGACAAUAGCGCUGGUCCCGUCGGUCGGACUGUUCAUCACGAUGAACCCUGGCUACGCAGGGCGGACAGAACUGCCUGAAAACUUAAAAGCUCUGUUCAGACCCUGUGCCAUGGUUGUCCCAGACUUUGAGCUUAUCUGCGAAAUCAUGCUAGUUGCAGAAGGUUUUAUUGAUGCCAAGCUUCUAGCAAGAAAGUUCAUUACUUUGUACACACUCUGCAAAGAGCUGCUGUCUAAACAGGACCACUACGACUGGGGCCUGCGGGCCAUCAAGUCUGUGCUGGUGGUAGCGGGCUCCUUGAAGAGGGGGGACCCCGGCCGCGCUGAGGACCAGGUUCUGAUGAGAGCUUUGCGAGACUUCAACGUCCCCAAGAUCGUAACAGAUGACCUGCCCGUGUUCAUGGGGCUGAUUGGAGACCUGUUCCCUGCUCUGGACGUCCCCAGGAAGAGGGAUCUGAACUUUGAGAAGAUCAUUAAGCAGUCCGUGCUGGAGCUGAAGCUGCAGGCGGAGGAGAGCUUCGUGCUGAAGGUGGUGCAGUUGGAGGAGCUGCUGCAAGUGAGGCACUCCGUCUUUGUCAUCGGCAACGCCGGCUGCGGCAAGUCCCAGGUGCUGAGGUCGCUCAACAAGACUUACCGGAACAUGAAGCAGAAGCCAGUCACUGUGGACCUCGACCCAAAAGCUGUGACCUGCGAUGAGCUCUUUGGGAUUAUUCAUCCAGCUACGCGGGAGUGGAAGGACGGCCUGUUUUCUUCAACGAUGCGUGACCUGGCCAAUAUCACGCAUAAGGGGCCCAAGUGGAUCAUCCUCGAUGGAGAUAUUGACCCCAUGUGGAUCGAGUCCCUGAACACAGUCAUGGAUGACAAUAAGGUUCUCACCUUGGCCAGCAAUGAGCGCAUCCCCCUCAACCCCACCAUGCGGCUGCUCUUCGAGAUCAGCCACCUGCGGACCGCCACGCCAGCCACAGUGUCCCGGGCAGGAAUCCUCUACAUCAACCCUGCGGACCUGGGCUGGAACCCCGUUGUGACCAGCUGGAUCGAGAAGAGGACCGUGCAGUCUGAGAAGGCCAAUCUGAUGAUCCUGUUCGACAAGUACCUGCCCGUGUGUCUCGAAAAGCUCAAGUUUGGGUUCAAGAAGAUCACCCCCAUCCCUGAGAUCACGGUGAUACAGAUGAUCCUGUACCUGCUGGAGUGCCUUCUGACGCCGCAGAACACCCCGCCGGACUCUCCCCGUGAGCUGUACGAGCUCUACUUUGUUUUCGCCUGCACCUGGGCCUUCGGUGGGGCCAUGUUCCAGGACCAGCUCGUGGAUUACCGUGUGGAGUUCAGCAAGUGGUGGGUGAACGAGUUCAAAACCAUCAAGUUUCCUUCUCAGGGGACAAUUUUUGACUAUUACGUUGAUUCUGAAACAAAGAAAUUCAUGCCGUGGACUGAAAAAGUGCCAGCGUUCAAACUCGAUCCUGAAGUCCCUUUGCAGGCCUCCAUGGUGCACACGACGGAGACCAUUCGCAUUCGCUACUUCAUGGACAUGCUGAUGGAGAAGAAGUGGCCAGUGAUGCUGGUGGGGAACGCGGGGACGGGGAAAUCGGUGCUAAUGUGGGACAAGCUGGAAGCUCUCAGCACAGACGAGUACCUCGUGCAGUCCGUGCCCUUUAACUUCUACACCACCUCGGCCAUGCUGCAGGCCAUCCUGGAGAAGCCCCUGGAGAAAAAAUCGGGGAGGAACUACGGUCCGCCGGGGACCAAGAGACUCAUCUACUUCAUCGACGACAUGAACAUGCCCGAGGUAGACAAGUACGGCACCGUGGCACCGCACACGCUCAUCCGGCAGCACAUGGACCACGGGCACUGGUACGACAGGAACAAACUGACCCUGAAGGACAUUCACAACUGCCAGUAUGUGGCCUGCAUGAACCCCACCGCAGGGUCCUUUACCAUCGACUCCAGGCUGCAGCGACACUUCUGCGUCUUCGCCGUGAGCUUUCCUGGCCAUGAAGCACUGCUGACCAUUUACAGCGCCAUCCUCACGCAGCACCUGGCCCUGCAGAAGGUGCCGGUGGCUGUGCAGAGGCUGCAGGCCCAGCUGGUGGCGGCAGCGCUGGCCCUGCACCAGCGGGUCACCUCCACCUUCUUGCCCACGGCCAUCAAGUUCCACUACCUCUUCAACCUCCGGGACCUCUCCAACAUAUUCCAGGGCUUGCUGUUCUCCACCCCCGAAUGCCUGAAGAGCCCCAUUGACCUGGUGCGGCUCUGGCUCCACGAAGCUGAGCGGGUCUAUGGAGACAAGCUCAUUGACGAAAAGGAUCAAAAAAGCUUUGGGAAAAUGCUAACCGACACCUGUAAAAAAUUCUUUGAUGACCUCAGCGAGGACCUGGUGUUCGCCAAGCCCAACAUCUACUGCCACUUCGCCCAGGGCAUCGGGGAGCCCAAGUACCUGCCGGUGCCAAGCUGGCCGUCGCUGAACAAGCUGCUGGGAGAAGCCUUAGACAACUACAACGAGGUCAACGCCGUGAUGAAUUUGGUGCUCUUUGAAGACGCGGUGUCUCAUAUUUGCAGAAUUAGUCGGAUCUUAGAGUCUCCCCGAGGGAAUGCGCUGCUGGUGGGAGUAGGAGGCAGCGGGAAGCAAAGCCUUUCGCGGCUGGCAGCUUACAUUAGCUCUCUAGAUGUGUUUCAGAUGACGCUGAGGAAGGGAUACAGCAUCCCAGACCUUAAGCUGGACAUCGCCUCCCAGUACAUCAAGGCAGCCGUGAAGAACAUCCCCACCGUGUUCCUGAUGACGGACUCCCAAGUUGCCGAGGAAUCGUUCUUGGUCCUAAUCAAUGACUUCUUGGCAUCCGGGGAGGUGCCAGGGCUUUUUCAAGAUGAUGAACUGGAAAACAUUAUCAAUGCCAUGAGGCCGCAAGUGAAGUUUCUCGGAUUGCAGGACUCAAGGGAAAACUGCUGGAAAUUAUUUAUAGAAAAAGUCAGGCGUCAGUUAAAGGUGAUCCUGUGCUUCUCCCCCGUGGGCUCCACGCUGCGGGUGCGGGCGAGGAGGUUCCCUGCCAUAGUCAACUGCACAGCCAUCGACUGGUUCCAUGAGUGGCCCGAGGAUGCCCUGGUGUCCGUCAGCAGCAGGUUCCUGGAGGAAACGGGGGACAUCGAGCCCGAGGUCAAGGUCUCCAUCAGCCAGUUCAUGUCCUACGUCCACACCAGUGUCAAGGAGAUGUCUCAGAUCUACCUGGCCACGGAGCGGCGCUACAAUUACACCACACCAAAGACCUUCCUGGAGCAGAUAAAGCUCUACCAAAACCUGCUUUCUAAAAAGAGGAGUGAACUCAUUGCCAAGAUCGAGCGGCUGGAGAACGGCUUGACGAAGCUGCAGAGCACGGCGUCGCAGGUGGACGACCUGAAAGCCAAACUGGCGAUCCAGGAGGCAGAACUGAAGCAGAAGAAUGAGGACGCAGAUAAACUGAUCAACGUGGUGGGUGUUGAAACGGAUAAGGUCAGCAAGGAGAAAGCCAUCGCUGAUGAGGAGGAGCUGAAGGUCCAGGCCAUCAACACGAACGUGGCUGAGAAGCAGCGAGCCUGUGAGACCGACCUGGCAAAGGCAGAGCCUGCGCUCAUCGCCGCCCAGGAGGCGCUCAACACUCUCAACAAGAACAACCUGACAGAGCUGAAGUCCUUCGGGUCCCCACCCCAAGCGGUGGUGAAUGUCACGGCAGCCGUGAUGAUCCUGACAGCGCCCCACGGCAAGAUACCAAAGGAUAAGAGCUGGAAGGCGGCAAAGGUCAUGAUGGGAAAAGUGGACACCUUCCUUGAUGCCUUGAAGAAGUUUGACAAGGAGCACAUCCCGGAGGCAUGCCUCAAGGCGUUUCAGCCCUACCAGUCGGACCCCAGCUUUGAUCCAGAGUUUAUAAUGUCAAAGUCGACGGCCGCGGCAGGUCUGUGCUCCUGGUGUUUAAACAUCGUCCGCUUCUACGAGGUGUACUGUGACGUGGAGCCCAAGCGGCAGGCGCUCGAGGAAGCGAACGCAGAGCUGGCAGAGGCGCAAGAAAAACUCAGCCGCAUUAAGAACAAGAUCGCAGACCUGAAUGCCAACUUGGCAACUCUCACCGCACAAUUUGAGAAAGCUACGGCCGAGAAAAUCAAAUGUCAGCAAGAGGCUGAUGCAACUAACAGAGUCAUCACACUAGCAAACAGGCUCAUCGGGGGGCUGGCAUCCGAAAACGUUCGCUGGGCUGAGGCAGUGGAGAUGUUCAGAGAGCAGGAGAAGACACUGUGCGGGGACGUGCUGCUCAUCUCCGCCUUCGUGUCCUACGUCGGCUACUUCACCAAGAAGUACAGGGCCGAGCUGAUGGAGAAGUACUGGAUCCCCUACCUCGAGGCGCUGAAGGUGCCCAUCCCCACCACCCCGGGGCUGGACCCCCUCAGCCUCCUCACCGAUGCUGCCGACGUGGCUGCGUGGAGCAACCAGGGGCUGCCCAGCGACCGCACGUCCACCGAGAACGCCACCAUCCUCUGCAACACCCAGCGGUGGCCGCUGGUCGUGGACGCCCAGCUGCAGGGCAUCAAGUGGAUCAAGAACAAAUACGGGGGGGAGCUGAAAGCCAUCCGGCUGGGCCAGAGGAGCUACCUGGACACCAUCGAGCAGGCGGUUUCUGAAGGACACACGCUGCUGAUCGAGGACAUCGGUGAGACAGUGGAGCCGGUGCUGGACCACCUGCUGGGCAGGAACACCAUCAAGAAGGGCAGAUACAUUAAGAUAGGCGAUAAAGAAGUGGAGUAUCACCCACGCUUCCGCCUGAUCCUGCACACCAAGUACUUCAACCCUCACUACAAGCCCGAGAUGCAGGCGCAGUGCACCUUGAUCAACUUCCUGGUGACCCGCGAGGGGCUGGAGGAGCAGCUGCUGGCCGCCGUGGUGGCCAAGGAGCGCCCGGACCUGGAGGAGCUGAAGGCAAAUCUCACAAAAAGCCAGAACGAGUUUAAGAUCAACCUGAAGGAGCUGGAGGACUCCCUGCUCGCCCGGCUCUCUGCCGCGUCAGGGAACUUCCUGGGGGACACCGCGCUGGUGGAGAACCUGGAGACAACGAAGCGCACGGCCAUGGAAAUCGAGGAGAAAGUGAAAGAAGCGAAAGUCACAGAAGGUGAAAUAAACAUUGCCAGGGAGAACUACAGGCCAGCGGCAGAAAGAGCAUCCCUGCUGUACUUCAUCCUGAGCGACCUCAACAAAAUCAACCCCAUCUACCAGUUCUCUCUAAAGGCAUUCAACGUGGUCUUUGAGAAAGCCAUUCAGCGAACGACUCCGGCCGAGGAUGUCAAGCAAAGGGUGAUCAACCUGACAGAUGAGAUCACCUACUCGGUCUUCAUGUACACUGCACGGGGACUCUUUGAGAGAGACAAACUCAUUUUCCUGGCCCAGGUUGCCUUCCAGAUCCUGGCCAUCAAGAAAGAAGUGAGCCCGCUGGAGCUAGACUUCCUCUUGCGCUUCCCUUUCAAGGCCGGCAUUGCGUCCCCUGUGGACUUCCUGCAGUCCCAGGGCUGGGGAGGCAUCAAGGCCCUCUCGGAAAUGGAUGAGUUCAAGAACUUGGAUAGUGACAUCGAGGGCUCAGCAAAACGAUGGAAAAAAUUUGUCGAGUCUGAGGUGCCUGAGAAGGAGGUGUUCCCGAAGGAGUGGAAGAACAAGACGGCCCUGCAGAAGCUGUGCAUGCUGCGGUGCAUGCGGCCGGACAGGAUGACCUACGCCGUCAGGAACUUUGUGGAAGAGAAGAUGGGCAGCAAGUUUGUGGAAGGAAGAAGUGUUGAGUUCUCCAAGUCAUACGAGGAGAGCAGCCCCUCCACACCCGUGUUUUUCAUUCUCUCCCCUGGCGUCGACCCUCUGAAGGACGUGGAAGCCCUGGGCAGGAAGCUGAACUUCACCAUCGACAAUGGGAGGAUCCACAACGUCUCGCUGGGGCAGGGCCAGGAGGCGGUGGCAGAACAGGCGCUGGAGGUGGCGGCCGAGCAGGGGCACUGGGUCAUCCUGCAGAACAUCCACCUGGUGGCACGCUGGCUGGGCACGCUGGAGAAGCGGGUGGAGCGGCACAGCAUGGGCAGCCACGCCGACUACCGCGUGUUCAUGAGUGCUGAGCCGGCCCCCAGCCCCGAGGCGCACAUCAUCCCGCAGGGCCUGCUGGAGAACGCCAUCAAAAUCACCAACGAGCCGCCCACCGGCAUGUACGCCAACCUGCACAAAGCCCUCGACCUCUUCUCCCAGGACACAUUAGAGAUGUGCAGCAAAGAGAUUGAGUUCAAAUGCAUCCUGUUUGCACUCUGCUACUUCCACGCUGUGGUGGCAGAGCGGCGCAAGUUUGGUGCUCAGGGCUGGAACAGGCCUUACCCCUUCAAUAACGGUGACCUGACCAUAUCGAGUAACGUCCUGUACAACUACCUGGAGGCAAACCCAAAGGUACCGUGGGAUGAUCUCCGGUACCUCUUUGGUGAAAUCAUGUACGGUGGGCACAUCACAGACGACUGGGACCGCCGGCUGUGUCGGACUUACCUGAGCGAAUACAUCAGUGCAGAGAUGCUGGACGGGGAACUGUACUUAGCUCCAGGGUUUUUGAUCCCUCCCAGCUUGGAUUACAAGGGCUACCACGAGUACAUCGAUGAGAACCUGCCCCCCGAGAGCCCCUACUUGUACGGCCUUCACCCCAACGCAGAGAUCGGCUUCCUGACCGUCACGUCGGAGAGGCUCUUUCGGACAGUUUUAGAAAUGCAGCCCAAAGAAUCGGACGCUGGAGGAGGUGCCGGUGUCUCCCGAGAGGAAAAGGUGAAGUCAAUGCUAGAUGAGAUCAUUGAGAAGCUGCCAGAGCCAUUCAACAUGAUGGAGAUCAUGGGUAAAGCGGAGGACAAGACACCGUACGUGGUGGUUGCCUUCCAGGAAUGCGAAAGGAUGAACAUCUUGACCCACGAAAUCAGGCGCUCUCUGAAAGAAUUAGAUCUGGGACUAAAGGGAGAGCUAACGAUUACAUCAGAUAUGGAAGAGCUGGCGAAUGCUCUCUUCUACGACAACGUGCCCGAGUCGUGGACGCGUUACGCCUACCCCUCUCUUCUUAGCCUAGGAGCGUGGUAUGCAGACUUGCUCCUUCGCAUCAGGGAACUGGAAGUCUGGACAACGGACUUUGUGCUGCCUGCGACAGUGUGGCUGGCAGGAUUCUUCAAUCCCCAGUCCUUCCUCACUGCUAUCAUGCAGUCCACGGCCAGAAAAAAUGAAUGGCCACUGGACAAGAUGUGCCUUUCAGUGGAAGUGACCAAGAAACACCGUGAGGAUAUGACAGCUCCACCCAGAGAAGGCUCCUAUGUACAUGGCUUAUUCAUGGAAGGCGCUCGAUGGGACAUUCAGUCUGGGGUUAUCGCAGAUGCUCGGCUGAAGGAGCUGACGCCUAUGAUGCCAGUCAUCUUCAUCAGAGCCAUCCCCGUGGACCGCAUGGACACCAAGAACGUCUACGAAUGUCCUGUCUAUAAGACACGGAUGCGAGGCCCCACCUACGUCUGGACCUUUAACCUAAAGACAAAAGAAAAAGCUGCCAAGUGGAUCCUUGCUGCCGUUGCUCUGCUCUUGCAGGUCUAAAACUGAAUGACUAUGGAAAAAAGCAGAUGCUUUUACUUGCCAAAAAAUAACAACAACAAAGCUGUGUAACUCUGAGUUUGAUUGUACCAAUACUAUUUUAGCAAAGUAGCAAUAAAAAUAGUGCUGGGACUGCG